AACUGCACCUGUCCGUGAAUGCAACACACCUGAGACUAAUCCACGAGGAUCCACUAUGUCAAGGAAGCCGACUCUGUGCCAGGCCCUGACCUUUGUCCUGCUGCUGGUCGCCCCCGUCUGCCUGUCCUCCCCGCAGAGCUCCUCCUGGGUUUCUGCAUGGGGUCCCUCCGCCGAGGCCUCGUCUGGCCGUCCGUCACGAGCCCGGCGGCAGCUGCACUUCAAGAACGAGUGGGCGAGCUGGAGCGGCUGGUCUGUGUGCUCACGCAGCUGCGGGGCCGGAGCCUCGGUGCGGACUCGUACCUGCAUCACCAGGAACCCGGUGGGCGGACCAUGCGGAGGAGAUCCCAGACAAUACAAGAUCUGCAACACCAAGGAGUGUCCCUCAGGUUUAGAGGAUUUCCGUGAGAUGCAGUGCGCCGCCUUCAACGACAGGCCGCUAGUGGGUGGAAACUCCUUCAGAUGGACAACGUUUCACGGAGGCUCUAACCCCUGUGAACUCAGCUGCCUGGCCCUCGGUCACAACUUCUACUACAACUUCGGCCGCGUGCUCGACGGCACAGCCUGCGACAAAGAGGCGGUAGCGGUGUGUGUCAACGGACGCUGCCUGAAGCCGGGCUGCGACUUCAUCUUGGGUUCGAAGACGCUGGAAGACGCCUGCAUGGUGUGCGGAGGACAAAACACCACCUGUCUGCACCACAAGAGUGUGUACCAGAGCAACGGUCUGGAGGCAGGCGGACCUUUCGGAUACAACGAAGUGGCCAUGAUACCAGCUGGAGCAACUCACAUCCGAGUCACCGAUAACAGCAGGAAUUAUCUAGCCCUUCAGAACGGUCGCUCCCAGUUUGUGAUCAACGGCAACUGGAAGAUCAGCAUCCCGGGCGAGUAUAGCGUCGCCGGGACCAAACUGCUGUACCGACGCUCGGCAGACACCUGGGAGAGCUUCGAGGUGCCGGGACCCACAAUGGAAGACCUGCAUCUGAUGGUUCUGGCGACCGACAGAAACCCGGGGAUCGAAUACGAGUACUGGCUGCCACCAGACCAGUACGCCCUCUACCAUGGGAGGAGGAGUCCGCUGCGUCAGGCUCACCACACUGCCAGCUACGUCCCCUGGGAGCAACCCACCACUACAACCACCACAACCACCACCACCACCACCACUACCACCACCAGUACCAGACCUCCUCCUGUCACCCCCCGACCCCACUGGUUAAGGCCCGUGAAGCCGCCUCGCCAACCUUCCCACCACAACCGCCACCAGCGUCCUCCCCACCAGCCCAUCCUGCCCCGCCUGGAGCGGGAGGAGAACCACAGAAACCUCCUGCCUCAUCCGAUACCUGGAAGGAAUUGUGGAAAAUGUCUGCGGGUUAAAGGUCGAAGGGAACGCCAGAGACAGUACUGCCAAAAGGACUUUGUCUUCCGGGUCCGAGUCCUCGGGAAGCUGUACAGAGGCGAGGAGACGCGUUACGACGUCCAGAUCAUCCACACCUACCGGAACCGCUUCCGCCUGGAGCACCGGGAGUUCCUGUGGGUCCCGAACGUGUGCGACUGCCCCAACAUGGAGGAGGGGAGACAGUAUGUACUUAUGGUGCGUCGUCACAUUAACUAUGAGCACACGUUAAACCGCAUCCUGCUGGAGGAGGACAGCUACCUGGUGCCGUACUCGCCCAGAGAGGAUGAAAUGGUGCAGCUUCUGGAAACGCACUGCAGCAACAGAGGACGCAGACAACGAGGAGAACACAGGGGAUGA